AUGAGUGUUCGUCAGCGCGACUCGACCGACAAGCGGGCGUCCGUCGUCGACAUCGCGGCGCUGCCCAUGAUCCCGAGUGACGGCGACAUGCUUCCGCCGCUCGAGAAGCAGCCGUCGAUGCGCGCGCUCCUCACGCCGCGCCACAUUGUGCGCGAGGCGAUGAGCGACAGGCCGGAUCUGUCGGUUGCCGCCGACGACGACAAGGACACGCCCGCCCACUGGAGCGUGAUCCUGCCCGACUCGCGCUUCCGGCGUCUGUGGGACCCACUGCAGCUCGUCCUGCUCAUGUACGCCUGUGUGUUUUCGCCGUACCUAACAUGCUUCCGGCUCGUGCCCCUCGAAGGCUACGUGGCCUACUACAACCUCACCGCCGCCGAUCUGCGCGCCAACGAGCAAUUCAUUCACACGCUUGAUGGCGUUGUCAACACCCUCUACGGCCUCGAUCUGCUCUUGAGUUUCCGCUUUGCCUUUGUCGAUGCCAAGUCGGGCAACAUCGUCAAGCGGCCCGAGCGCAUCGCGGCGCACUACGUGCACGGGUGGUUUGUGUUUGAUUUGCUCGUGACGAUCCCGUGGGACCAAGUCGUCGGCGUCUCCACGGCCAAGGACGCCAUCAUCCUCGAGCUCAUUCGCAUCUUUCGCCUCGCGCGCCUCACCAAGAUCCUGCGCCUCAUCAAGGUACGCACGUCGGUGUCGAUAUACACUCUUAUGGCGGCGCAGUAUGGACAGAUUGUCGAGUUCCUUGAAGACCAGACGCCCAUGAGCCGCAACAUGGUCGUCACCCUCGAGCUCCUCUCGACGAUCUGCCUCGUCGCCCACUACACAGCCUGCGGCUUUUACAUGGCGGCGCGGCUCAACGCAACGUACAUUGAGAACUCGUGGCUCGCGACGCUCAACCUGCUGAACGCGUCGCCGUUCGACUUGUACAUCGUGUCGCUGUACUGGGCCUUUACGCUCAUGACCACGGUCGGCUUUGGCGACAUCUACCCCGUCACCACGCAAGAACGCGUGUUUACGAUCGGCGCCAUGGUCAUCUCGGCGGGCACGUACGCCUACGUCAUUGCCUCCAUGUCCUCGAUCGUUGCGUCCAUGAACGUGACGCAGUCGCGCUACUACGAGCGCCUCAACGAGGUCAACGCGUACAUGAAGGCGCGGGACCUCCCCGCGUCGCUCCAAUUGCGCACCCGCAAGUAUUAUCGGUACUUUUUACAGCGCAAGACGGUCUACAACGAAGCAAGCAUCCUCGAGGACCUACCGACCAACCUCAAAAGCGAGGUCACCGAGCACUACAUCAAGGUGACGAUCCGAGACGUCGCCUUCUUCCACGACCUCCCCCAUGGUUUUACGACCGAGAUUGCAAUGCAUCUCAAGCCGACGUUCUUCCCGCCCAACUCGCUUGUUCUCAGCAUGGGCGACGCUGCGGGCGAGAUGUUUAUCGUCUCCAAAGGGAUCCUGCACGUGGCCUUGCUCCACCCAGAGACGCAGCAAGAGUUUGGGAUCGCGUACCUCUACGACGGCGACCACUUUGGCGAAAUGGCGCUGCUCCUCGAAGAGCAGGCGAAGAAGCGGUCGGCCAACAUUCGAUCCAAAACCUACUGCGAGCUCCACGGCCUCGAGUACACGAGCCUCCAGCUCGGGCUCUCGCGGUACCCGACGGUGCUCGACAAGCUCAUGGGCAUGGCCGUGUCGCGCCAGAUCCUCCUCAACAACCUCCAGAAGACCAAGGUGGCCAACAUGGUCUUCGCCAUGCAGAAAAAAGUCUCGGACCGCAAGUUUCAGCGCAUGGCGGCCGAGACGCAGAGCCGCCUGGUGGGCAAGGUCUUCUCGCGAGUCUCGCGCGCGUCCAAGGGUUGCUACUAG